AUGUGUGGGCUUGUAGGAAGAUUACCACCAGAAGAAGAAUAUGGAAAUAUUGAAUAUAAAACAAGAUUAACAAAUAUAUCUGAAUCUAGAGUAAAACAUUUAAUUACACAAAUGAAAUGGAGAUUAGAAGAGGGUAAUGGUAAAGCUAUUUAUGAAAUUGGUGUGGCAGAUGAUGGUGUAAUAACUGGUCUAAAUGAUUUUGAAAUGGAAACAUCAUUACAAACAAUGAAAAUAAUGGCAGAAGAACUUUGUGUUAAAAUGACUAUUAUUAAUGAAAAAAAAGUAGAAGGAGGAAAAAAGAUGGUUGAAAUUGUUGUUGAAAAAGAAGAGUAUGAAGAUAAUUUUCAAGAAAUACGUGUAGCCAUUAUUGGAUCUGCUGAAGCAGGUAAAUCUACUUUAUGUGGUGUCUUAUCACAAGGAGAAUUAGAUGAUGGAAAAGGUAGAGCUAGAGUAAAUGUAUUUAGAUAUCUUCAUGAAUUUAAAACAGGAAGAACAUCAUCUAUUUGUUUAACUACAUUACGUUAUGAUAAUAAAGGAAAAAUGUUAGGAAAAUGUAAUCCAAAUCAUCUUAUUGAUUCUAGUUGUUCUAAAAUAGUAACAUUAAUUGAUUUAGCAGGUGAUAAAAAGUAUCUUAAAACAACUAUUUAUGGUAUAUCAGGAUAUAGACCAAAUGUUUGUUGUGUAGUAAUAAGUGGUAAAGGUCCACCAGGAAUUAUGACUAAAGAACAUCUGGGUUUUGUAAUGGCAUUAAAUAUUCCAUUUUUUGUUGUUAUUACAAAAAUAGAUUCUGUUAAUGAAGAUCAUUUAACAAAAGUUAUGGUUUCAAUAAAUAGUUUAUUAAAAACAGUUAGUGGAGAUAGAAAAACAGUUUAUGUUAAUAAUGAAGAUAUUGUUGAGGAAUAUGCAAUAUCACUUUGUAAUAGAAAAAAGAUAAUUCCAAUAAUUUCAUUAUCAUCUGUUAAUGGAAAAAAUUUAAAUAUUUUAAAAAAAUUUUUAGGAUAUUUAAAAAAUAAUAAUAUUACAAGAAUAAAAAAUGUAACUAUGAAAAAAAAAGAAAUUGAUCCAUUAUUUUAUGUUGAAGAGGUAUUUAAAGUUACGGGUGUAGGCAUUGUAGUUUGUGGAACAUUAAGUCAAGGAAUGCUAACAGAAGGUGAUCGAGUACGUAUUGGACCAACAAGUAGAGAUGGAUCAUUUGUAACAGCAACAAUAAAAAGUAUUCAUAAAAAAAAACAAGAACCAAUUAAAAAUAUUUAUGGUGGAGAGACAGCUUCAUUAGCUAUAAAUAUUGAAAAACACUUACAUGUUUCAUAUAUAAUUAAAAGAUUAUUAAUACAAAAGGGUAUGAUUCUUGUUGGAAUUGGUAAAAAUAAUGAAUUAAAAUUAUGUAGACAAUUUAUUGCUAGAUUUUUCUUGCUUUCUCAUCAUUCUAGAGGUAUCAUAUUUGUAGGAUUUCAAGGAACAAUGUAUAUUGGAUCAGUAUGUCAAACUGUAACAAUAAUUAAUAUUGAAGGAGGAGAAAAAUCGUUGAAAACAGGAAGAUGGUAUAAUGUAAAAUUUGAAUUUUAUUCUAUUCCACAAUGUAUAAAAGUUGGUGAUUCUAUUAUUUUUAGAGAAGGAAAAACAAAAGGAAUGGGAGAAAUAUUAAAAAUUUUUUGUAGUUAA